UGCCGUGGAACGUGUGCGCUGGACUCGGUUCGUUUCUAUUACAUUUAUUCGUUAUGACAAUACAGUGAUCCAGCGCUAAGCGCUGCGACCGUACGUUUUACGAUUCGUUCGGCUACGGCAGCAAGAACGAAGACGAGACGAAGGCGAGACGAGGAACGACAACAACAAAACAACAACAACGACGACGACGACGACGACGAGGACGACGAGGACGAGGACGAGGACGACGCGAGAUGGAGGCGCGUCGCGACACGGUCUGACCGUGGCAGCCUGUUUCCGUCCUUCUCUCGUUCCUUCGUACCUUCGCUGGGGUCUUCCUCCUUCGUGAAUUUUAGUGUGUGCGUCAUGUGCCGCCGCGGCCGCUGUACCUUCGUCGUCGCGUGUGUCUUCUCCCAGUGGAUUACCAUCCUCGAGUAGAACCUCCCAUUUCUCUCCUUCUCCCUCUCUCUUUUUCGUGAAAAGCAAAAAUUAUUACGAGGGGAAGGAAGAAAGUGUGUUUCGUCGAGGUUCGCCGGUACGCCCAUCUUCGUACGAUUGAGAAAGAGAAGGAGAGAUAGAGAUAGCGAGAGCAAGAGAGAGAGAGAGAGAGAGAGAAGAAAGAAAGAAAGAGAGAGAGACAGAAAGAAAGAAAGAAAGAAAGAAAGAAAGAAAGAGAGAGGGAAUUUUCUUCUCUCCAUUAUUAGUGAUCGUCGUUUCUUCUUCUCUUGUGUCCGGUGCGUCGCGGUGCAAGUACGACGACUUCGACGACGAGGACUAGGAAGGCGCUCUUCUCUUUCUCUUCAACCCUUGUAUUUUUGUCUGGCUCUCGUGGUGCUGAGGUGCGCGCGAGAGAGAGAGGGAGAGAGAGAGAGAGAGAGAGAGAGAGAGAGAGACAGAGAAAGAACGAACGAACGAACGAGCGAGCGAGCGAGUCCGUUUGGUGGGGUUGGUGGGGUGGUGGUGGAAGGUGGAGUGGAGUCAGCGAGCGAGCGAGCGAGAAUAAAGAAAGAGCGAGAGGGAAAUAUAAGAAGCGAGAAGAGAGAGGGGACACGUCUGGUCCGAUUCCGUGCGUUCGAACGAGAGAGAUAACGCGAGGGAGCGCAAGUGGCGUAUCAAGAUGGCGCAUAAUUUGGCACCGAGCGUCAACUGCUCGCUCGACGACAUUGACCUGAACGCCCUGAAGGAGCCUGCUGGGAUAUUCGAGUUGAUCGAAGUCGUCGGCAAUGGAACGUACGGGCAAGUUUACAAAGGUCGACACACCAAAACGGGUCAGCUGGCGGCCAUCAAGGUCAUGGACGUCACAGAGGAUGAAGAGGAAGAAAUCAAGUUGGAAAUAAACGUACUGAAGAGGUAUUCGAAUCAUAGAAACAUAGCUACGUACUACGGUGCCUUCGUGAAGAAGUCAUCGCCAGGGAAGGACGAUCAGCUAUGGCUGGUUAUGGAAUACUGCGGAGCUGGCUCCGUCACGGACCUCGUCAAAUCGACGAAAGGUCAGAGCCUUAAGGAAGAGUGGAUUGCUUAUAUUUCGAGAGAAAUAUUAAGAGGUCUCAGUUAUCUUCACAGUAAUAAAGUUAUUCACAGGGAUAUAAAAGGACAGAACGUGCUUCUGACCGACAAUGCCGAGGUCAAGCUUGUUGACUUUGGCGUUAGCGCGCAGUUGGACAGAACGAUAGGCAGAAGGAAUACGUUCAUAGGUACACCUUACUGGAUGGCUCCAGAAGUCAUAGCUUGCGACGAGAAUCCCGACGCUACUUACGACAAUAGAAGUGAUCUUUGGUCUCUCGGAAUUACCGCUUUGGAAAUGGCUGAAUCACAACCUCCGCUUUGCGACCUCCAUCCGAUGAGAGCCUUGUUCUUGAUACCGCGUAAUCCACCGCCGAGACUGAAGUCGAAAAAAUGGGCGAAGAAGUUUCAUGGUUUUAUCGAAACUGUGUUGGUGAAGGACUAUCAUCAGAGGCCUUACACCGAACAAUUGCUCAAGCAUCCAUUUAUUCGGGACCAACCAACGGAGAGACAAGUCAGAAUACAACUCAAAGAUCAUAUCGAUCGCUGUAAGAAACGCAAACAAGAGAAAGAAAGAGACGAUUAUCGAUACAGCGGCAGUGAAAACGAAGAAGACGAGCCAGCAUUGGCUGGCGAACCAUCCUCGAUAGUUCAAGCUCCUGGUGGCGAUACAUUGAGACGUAAUUUCCAGCAAAUUCAAGAAGGUCGGACGUUGACUCAAGACGUAUCUCCUCAAGCUCCAGCCGGUAAGGAAAAACCAAAUCAAGGUAGAUCUCAGCGGGAAGUACCAGAACCAGGCCCGCCUGCGAGACCAGCCAUUCCACACAGACUCAUCGUCGUGCCAGAUCCGCAGCCGCCUUCUCGACCUCUACCACCGACACCUAGGGACGAUCCACGACAAUCUCACAAGGUCUCGACACCACCCUCCAAUCAUCAAGCGCCUUCCGCUGGCGGUGGAGGUAGCGGUGGUUCUGGUGGCCAAGCUGCGCCUCAAAGAAACAGUCACGUGUUUAAACCUAUGCUGCCGCCGAGGAGGCCAGAGGACUUGGACAUGCUGGCCGCUCAACUCAACGAGCUUGGUGUGUCACAGGGCCCCGAGGCCCCGCCUAGGCCCAACAGGCAACAUAAAGGCCCUCCAGCAACGUCAACCUCGAAUUCGGUCCAGCCAGCGAGCGCUAACGAUCAGAACAACAAACAGAUGCAGCAAUCCUCCAGUAUUCUCGAUCAAGCACUGUCGAUCGAGAGUGACAGCGACGACGAUCUCGAAGAUGCUGGUAGUAACAAUUUGAGGAACGACGGUACACUUCUCGCUAGCGAUCCGCCUAAGCCUCUUCCCGAAUUUUCUCCUUUCAGGCCAUCGUCGGAUUCGUCGUCGUCGUCCUCGCACAACGCUCAGAAUUCGCAUCACGAAGGUAAGCCAAAAGGUGGAGCACCCAAUCGACCAUUGCCACCGACGCCAGAUGAGGAAGAAUCCGGGGAUCGUACACUAGUCAUGAAACGAAAACUUAGUCAGACAUCAGACGAUCGUGCAACGGCUAGCGACAACCGCCGCUCAGAGAUAGACGAGCAGCUCCUUCUGAAGGAGUGGGACUUCACCCGCUUCUUUCAGGGUUUUAACGAAAGGUUGGAUAAAAUGAAACAGGAGCACCAGCAAGAAGCGGCGGUCGGUACGAGCAAGUCUGGCAGCGAGGAUCGUUCCUCUUCUUCCGGCGAAAGAACCCUUAAGAGGCAGGAGCAGUUAGCGCGUAGGAAAUACGAGCAACAACAACAGCAGCAGCAACAACAGCAGCAGCAUCACCAGCACCAUCUUCAUCAACAACAUCAGCAGCAGCAGCAUCAAAAGCAACAGCAACAACAACAACAGCAGCAGCAGCAGCAGCUUAAGGCGGUUCACAGACGUCAAGAGAGCGACUCGAAGCUCGGUAACACCUCGAGCGCGUUCGCCCGUGCAUUUCGCCGCGAAAAUUCGGAUUUCUUUCCGUCAACGAGGCACUCCGCUUAUCUCCAAAAGUCGGAUUCCUCGAGGUCGAGCAUAUUCGCGAGUGGUAAUCGACGCGGCAGCGAGAUAAGCGUCGCAGGUAUAGUCGGUAAGAAGGGUAACGCCCUUAGUACCGGCGAGCCCGUCCUUACGGACUUCUCGUUUGGACGCGACGGGCCCCAGAGGCCAAGGAGAGAAAAGACAGAGAGCGAGAUCGUCUUCGGUAACAGGCACGAGGCGAGGAGACUCGACUUCGGACGCAAUAAAGACGAUACCACAAGGAGACGCAGUUGUAGACCUUCCGAUGCGGCCCUGGCCGCGCCAGAUGACGCGGGAACGAUUAAAUCCACGGCCAGUACAACGGCUAGCGAGUACAGCCCUGUUGUCACCCAGAAUCGAGAAGGUGGUGACCGACCAAGAGGAGGAGGAGGUGGUGGCGGUGAAUUUCAAAGAUCAGACUCGUCUCCUGGUUCAAGGCCAAGCUCGGUUUUACCAGACCUUUUGACUUCGUCGCCGGGUCAACGUCAGGACAAGUCGACAAGCGAGGAGUAUCGACAAGCGGUUAAAUCACCACCCCCGUUUGCACUUCAACAGAAACAGAGAUCGUUCCUGACAUUUGGAUUCGGUGCUGGACCAGCGAGGAGAGAAUCCCACGUAAACGUCAACGUGACACCUACGAGUCACGAUUUGGCCUCCGAUACACCCGAAAUACGAAAAUACAAAAAGCGUUUCAAUAGCGAGAUUUUAUGUGCAGCGUUAUGGGGCGUGAACCUGCUGAUCGGUACGGAGAACGGAUUGAUGCUGCUCGAUAGGAGCGGACAAGGGAAGGUUUAUCAGCUGAUCAGUAGGAGACGUUUUCAACAAAUGGAAGUGCUCGAGGGGCAGAAUAUUUUGGUUACCAUAAGCGGUAAGAAGAAUCGCGUGAGGGUCUAUUAUCUCUCCUGGCUGAAGAGUAAGAUUUUACGUACCGACGGCCAUAGCGAUCAAGUCGAGCGGCGCAAUGGCUGGAUAAACGUCGGCGAUCUUCAAGGAGCGGUGCAUUUCAAGAUAGUCAAAUACGAAAGAAUAAAGUUCCUUGUCAUCGCGUUAAAGGACUCGAUAGAGAUCUAUGCUUGGGCGCCGAAGCCCUAUCAUAAAUUCAUGGCUUUCAAAUCGUUCGGAGAACUGGCCCACAGGCCGCUCCUCGUCGACCUAACCGUCGAGGAAGGAACGAGAUUGAAAGUUAUUUAUGGAAGCGCCGAUGGAUUUCACGCCGUCGAUUUGGAUUCGGCGACGGUUUACGAUAUCUAUCUACCGAAGCACACUCAGGGACCGAUUUGCCCGCACUGCAUCGUCGCCUUGCCGAACAGCAACGGCAUGCAACUUUUACUGUGCUACGACAACGAGGGCGUUUACGUGAAUACCUACGGUAGAGUAUCCAAGACGAUGGUCCUUCAAUGGGGCGAAAUGCCUACGAGCGUCGCUUACAUCGGCACGGGCCAGAUCAUGGGAUGGGGCAACAAGGCGAUCGAGAUCAGAAGCGUCGAAAGCGGCCAUCUCGACGGCGUUUUUAUGCACAAGAAAGCUCAACGGCUCAAGUUCCUUUGUGAACGUAACGAUAAGGUCUUCUUCUCGUCGGCGAAGGGUGGAAGUUCGUGCCAGAUUUACUUCAUGACGUUAAACAAACCCGGCAUGGCUAACUGGUGAUCCCGAAUGAGGCCGAGUCUGGCCCCACGAACACCCCCGCGGAUUUUGACACACAACCCACCGCGUGUGUCCGGUUAUACGCCAUCGGCGCGCACCCUCUACCGCCCUUCACUGCCAGGCCUGAGCGCCAUGGAAACGAGGAUAUGCGCGCACCAAUACCGACAUCAUCAUCAUCAUCAUCACCAUCAUCAUCAUCAUCAUCGUCGUCAGAAUCAUCAUCAUAAUCAGCACCACCAUCAUCAUAAUAAUAAUAAUAAUAUUAGUCAGCGUCAAAGUCGACAUCGUAGUCAACGUCAACGUCACUAUCAACGUCAUCUCUCGACGCGUAUCUACGACGAUUACGAGGAGGAGGAGGAGGAGGAGGAGGAGGAGGAGGAGGAGGAGGAACAAGGGUUGGAGGGAGGAACUUACGACGGAAGAUACCGACCGUAUCCUCGGCUCUCGUUACGAAGCACCUCGGGGACUUUAACUUUUGUGAAUCUUCUCGUCAAAAGGUUCCUGUGCUUUCUCGUCUGCCCGCCCUGCGGACCGCGCGGUACACCUUAACGCGAUCGAUCGAUCCUCCCCCGAGAUGGUCUUUCUUCUCCCCCCACCCCACCCACCCCUACCCAUGAUUUUCCAUUCCGACGAAGAUUACAUGGGAAAAGAGGCGAAUGAAAAAAAGAAAAAAGAAAAAAAGGAAAAAAAAGAAUACAGAAAAAAGGAGAGAAAAAAAAUAAUAAAUGAACGAGGGCGCCUGCGUGGACUUUGUACUUCGUUGCUAGCUGAUAAAUCGCCGUCGAAUCGUCGUCGUCCCUUCGUCGUCCCUUCGUCGUCCCUUCUUUUCCUCGUCGUUCGUCGAGAACGUUAAUUCUCCUUUGGAAAAUCGAUGCGAGCGUUCGUUACACUCGACAGAGCAACACGAUCGAUGGGUACUCGCGAGCGAUAUUUAGAUAGAUCGUUAUUGCGAAAACGGGACGAACACUUUUCUUUCGAUAAACGCGCGCGAACGCUCGCCAAAAUGAAUGUGCGAAUGAAAUCUUGCGACGAUCGUGAACGCGAGUUAUCAGUCAAGCGACGAUCAAUCGCUAAAUCGUAAAGUUGUUUUUAAGCGCUAAGAACUCUUAACGACGUGAGUGUUUUUGAUCUUGUACGAGUAAGAAGACGUUGGUCUUUCCUCCCCUCCCUUCUCAAUAUGUUUUUACUAACAGUGGCAAAUUUUUCUAUCGAGCACGGAGCUAAGUGACGUUUCGCGUUUAUACGGCCGAAGGCAGUCGUUCGGCAGAGAUACGGACGCGUGGAAACGCGAUCUAUAAUGCGUCUACGGAUUGCGACAAAAAAAUUCAUCGACUGCUUUCACGCGAGCGUAUGCGAGAUGAGUGUGAGAGCGAAAGCGAGAGCGAGAGAGAGAGAGAGAGAGAGAGAGAGAUAGAGAGAGAGCGAGAGCGAGAGAGAGAGAGAGAGAGAGAGUAAAAGGGUGAAUCGAGGUUUUCACCGGCGAUGCCGAGGCGAACGGUGAAGAUGAGUUACUGCAUGAUAUAACAUAAUAAAGUUAGACUUAAGUGAGAUAAUUACUAAUGUUAUUAAUUGUAUAGUUAUAGAAGCCGAGGAUUUUGUGGGCGCUCGAUCAAGACGACAAAUGACAAUGACGACGAACGAAGACAACGACGACGAAAAAUACGACGAAAAGGCAAAAAAAGUAAAGUACCAAGACGCGAAAGAUAUUGAGACGAUAGCGACAAUGACUAAUUUUGACGAAGAUUUAUCGGCGAUGACGAUGAUAACGAUUGAUUAUAUAUGGUCGUACGUGACCGCGCGUGGGUAUAUCGAACGAAUCGCAUUUUUACAAAUAAUAGGUUAAUUGUAUUAGAGGUCUCGAGGACGCACGAGAUGCGGAUAGCUACGUUUUUCUUUCCUUUCGACGAUAACUACUUUGACCGUUCGAGACCUUAUCUUGUGUUUCGCUCGCACCGCCGAAAAUGUACGGAGUCUAAUCAAGAUGAUCAAAACUGUUCUCGUCGUGAGCUCUGUCCGCCACGCACGUUCACAAUUUUUACGACGGUCGAUGCGAAGCGCCUUUAGCUUUUCUAAGAAAUUUCUAACUUAGCGAGACGACACGCACUUUCGAGUUACGGACGAUCCUCCCCUUUUUUCUCCUCGUUCGUUGACCAAUACGCGAGACCUCGUUUCGAAGCGUUAUCGAGGGCUAAUCUCAUAAUCUCCAAGAUACUCGGCGACUCGGUGGGAAACUUUGAAGAUUAAACCUUAUAAUAUUGCUCUCAUUGACGUCGGAUUAUCCCCAAGAUCGACUAUAACGGACUUACGGUCUUACCGGAGGAACGAAGACGGAACGAAAGAGAGUAAACUUUGCUAGUUUAACGAGAAAGAUUCGAUGUUAACGAGAGUUACUGCUACCACACAAUGGAUCGUAUCCUAAUUGCAAUACUUUGUUGUUAAUCGACAAAUAUUCGUUCCAUGGAAUUUUCUAUAAGAAAGAAAGAAAGAAAGAAAAUAUACGUAUCUCAAGCAUGUACUCGCACUUCUUUCUUGUUUUUAUCUUUCUUUUUUUUUUUUUACAUCUAAAUCUACCACGUACGGUUAGAGAAAAGUGUGGACUGGAAAAGAAGGAAGGAAAAACUAAAAGACACGAAUACAUAUAUAUAUAUAUAUAUAUAUAUAUAUAUAUAUAUAUAUAUACGUGUGCGCGCACGCACGCACACACACACACACAUCACGCACAUAUACGUACAUACAUAUAUAUGCAUACGCGUGUGAGCAUUUAUGAAAAUAUCUUUUUUCUAUUGCGAGCAGACGGAGAUUAAACGUGACGUCAGACGUGCAACGCGCGUAAAACUCUUUCAGUCGACACGUCAGUGCAGCGAGCUUAAAGCUUGGUAAAAACUGUUUGACAGAGUAUGCGAGAUUCGCGGCAUCUUUUGACGAGAUUAUUUGUGCAGUCGUAAAAUCGGCUUUUCCUGGAAAAUCCGAUGAUUCAAAUGCAACGGACUGGGUUACAGGCGGACUCCAGGAUUUACGUUAAGUAAUGCUCCAACGUUUCGGCUUUUUAAAUUACAUAAUUUUCUUGUGAAAUGCAUUCGCCGUGCACACGCCUACGCUAAAUCUCCUAUGUGAAUUCAUUUUUCAUUUAUUAUCAAGCGUAUAUAAAACUCUAAAGAGACUUGCAAAAUAGCUAUAAUUGAAGAAUCAUUAGUAUUUUUGUUACUACUUUUUUAUUUUUUAUUUUUCUCUUUGUUUCUUCUCUCGUAUUUUCCAUGGAACGAAUUUAACAUUUUUUAUUUUCUGUUUUUGUCACAACGAUCGCGAAAGCAUUCAUUUAUCGAUAUACAUAUAUAUAUGUGUGUGUAUAUAUAUGUAUAUAUAUAUAUAUAUCGCUUGACAAAAAUGCACGUUAUUAGUUUUAUUUUUAAGAUACACGUAGUCCUGGCGAAAUGUGAUAGGUAAUACGGUGAUGUUACUUUUUCGUAUUAUCAAUGGUACGAUUCAUAUGGCUUAUCAUAUCUUACGUUUCUAUAAGCUCUUUAUCAAUUUCUUUUUUUAUCUUUUUUUUACUCGGUAUCUCGAUCGAAUUACGUUCGAGGCCGCUCGUCGUUCGUUGGUUCCUUAAAGAAGGAGGGGCCGGAGGGGGAGGAGCUCUGGUUAGUGCAACGAAAGACUGCUUUUUAAAACGGAUGGAAGCUUUUUAUCGCUCGUAAAGAGAGAACGAGAGAGAGAGAGAGAGAGAGAGAGAGAGAACGAGAGAGCGAAAGAGAGAGAGAGAGAGAGAGAGAGAGUGAAAAUUAAUGAGUGAUAGUGAUUUUUCGGCGAAUGCUGCACGACUGUGGACGGUUAUUUACGGUUAACAGGAAUUCUAAUAAUAUUAUAACAAUAAUAUUAUUAAUUAUCUUAACCAGUCCCGCGCGAACUAAUUUUAUACGAGAACUUUCCUCUAUCUCCGUACCUUCCCUCUAUUCCCCUCUACCCUUGACCACACUUUUUCCUUCCUCCCAUUUUCUCGACCUGACCCAUUUUUUUUUAUCCUAUUCGCUUCCUUCUUAUCCAUUUUCUUACAUAUUGUCUCCCAAAGAAUGGUAGUGAUGUUUUUUAUAUUAUAAUAAUAAUUAUUACCGCAAUUUAUCGAUUACAUUAUUAUUAUUAUUAUUAUUAUUAUUAUUAUUAUUAUUAUUAUUAUUACGAUUAUUAUUAUUAUUAUUCCCAUCCUUAUGGUUAUCACGAAUCAUCAUCAGAUGCGGUAUAUUAUGAUUACGAUGAUUAUAUUAUGAUUACGCUGCUAAGGUCAAAUAUACGGACAAUUCGUAAUCGG